AGUAGAGGGCGUGGUUAGAGCGGCUAGCUUUCCCCAGGCCUCGGCCAUUUCAGAGCUUCGUCAGUGUCACCAUCCUUUUAAUUCGGGCAACAUGGCAACUACAACGAGCCGGUACUACAGCGAAGACGGCAGGGCGACCAAGAGGCAGAAAACAGACGGAAUGGCCACGGGGUAUGAGGAUCCCCACAAGACACUUCCAUCCGUCGUGGUGCAUGUCCGAGGACUGGUGGACGGGGUCACGGAGGCAGACCUAGUGGAGGCCCUGCAGGAAUUUGGAGCCAUCAGCUAUGUGGUGGUGAUGCCCAAAAAACGCCAGGCUCUGGUUGAGUACGAGGACAUGAACGGCUCCUCCACGGCAGUGACCUACGGCGCAGACAAUCAAGUUUACAUAGCAGGUCACCCGGCCUUCGUCAACUACUCCACCAGCCAGAAGAUCUCCAGACCAGGGGACUCUGAUGACUCCAGGAGUGUCAACAAUGUCCUCCUGCUCACCAUCAUGAACCCCAUCUACCCCAUCACCACGGAGGUUCUAUACACCAUCUGCAACAACUGCGGCCCUGUACAAAGAAUUGUUAUCUUUAGGAAGAAUGGGGUGCAGGCCAUGGUGGAGUUUGACUCCGUGCAAAGCGCCCAACGAGCCAAAGCAUCUCUCAACGGCGCCGACAUCUAUUCAGGCUGCUGCACUUUGAAGAUCGAAUACGCCAAGCCCACUCGGUUGAAUGUGUUCAAGAAUGACCAGGACACUUGGGACUACACCAAUCCCAAUCUGGGUGGCCCAGAUGGUGAUGCAGAUGGCAAUGGCAGCAACGCAGAUGACAUGAACGCCAACCCUAACAAGCGCCAGCGCCAGCCUGCCCUGCUCGGCGACCACCCCCCAGAUUAUGGACGCGGUUACCAUGGCUAUGAUGAGAGUUACGGCGCCGCCCCCUACGAGGGCCGCCGCAUGGGCCCCCCAAUGAGGGGCCGCGGGGGCAGAAACUAUGGACCCAGCUAUGGGCCGCCACCCCCUCCCCCCGGGGAGUAUGGCGCCCACGCGGACUCGCCAGUGGUCAUAGUUUACGGGCUGGAGCCAGGCAAGAUGAAUGCCGACCGCGUCUUCAACAUCUUCUGUCUCUACGGCAACGUGGAGCGGGUAAAGUUCAUGAAGAGCAAACCGGGUGCCGCCAUGGUGGAGAUGGGCGACUGCUAUGGCGUGGACCGCGCCAUCACACACCUCAACAACAACUUCCUGUUUGGACAGAAACUCAACGUGUGCGUGUCCAAGCAGCAGGCCAUCGUUCCCGCUCAGUGCUAUGAGCUGGAAGACGGCACCAGCAGCUUCAAGGACUUCAACGGCUCCAGGAACAACCGCUUCACGUCUCCAGAGCAGGCAGCCAAAAACCGCAUCCAGCACCCAAGCAACGUUCUUCACUUCUUCAAUGCACAGCCCGAAGUCACAGCAGAGAUCUUCUCUCAGAUCUGUGAAGAGAUCGGCGUCAAGGCUCCCGUCAAUGUCAAAAUGUUCACAGGAAGGAGCGGAUCGGCUCCAAGCGACCGCAGCGCGUCCGGCCUGCUGGAGUGGGAGUCCAUCAACGACGCCAUGGAGGCUCUGUCCAUGAUGAACCACUAUCAGAUGAAGAACGCAACUGGUCCGUACCCGUACACCCUCAAGCUCUGCUUCUCUACCGUGCAACACACCAACUAAAACCCUCUUGGAAAAUUGCGCUUGGCUUCAUGUCCAUGUGACGUGUACUCUUGACAACCACCAGUUGUGUGGCUCAGAAUGCAUUUUUGUCAUGGGAAGUUCAAUGUGGUAAAGUGUGGUGUCCACCAUCAAGCUUCCAGUCUGCAGUUGUCAUUCUUUGUUUUUAUUUUGUUGCUUUUGUCAUCUCCAUGUAACACAAGUUAAUUUGAAAGAAUUACUUUUAGGCUGGACGUGGAACGCCGGACAAUGUGCUUUUUAAAGUUGUCCAUUGGGGCUUUUAUGAUGUCACUUGUUUUUUGUAUUUUAAUUACUGCCUUGUGGGUUCUGACGGCAUGUCUAUCUAACAUGGAGAAUUGUUUUGUUCUAAGAAAAUUAAAAACACAAAGUUUAUUCUG